AUGUCUGCUUAUGAAAUCAAGGGAAAGUUUGCCAUUGUCACUGGCGCCGGCUCUGGCAUCUGCCUGGCCUUCACCAAGAAGCUGCUCGAGGGCGGCUGCUCCGUCGUGAUGGCCGAUGUCAAGCUCCGCCCCGAAGCCCAGGAGGUCCUCGACCAGUGGUCCACCGUCGAAGAGGGCAAGCCCAUCGCCCACUUCCAGCAGACAGACAUUAGCGACUGGGCGCAGAUCUCUUCUCUGUGGAGCACGGCCCUGGAAAAGUUUGGUCGCAUCGACAUCCUCUGCAACGGUGCAGGCAUCUACGAGCCCCCCUCCAGCACCUUCUGGAACGCCCCCGGCAUCUCUCCCCUGGCUGAGGACAAGGUCGACUGCAAUCCUGGAGUGUACAAGACGUUUGCUGUGAACACCAUGGGUCCUAUUCGUCUGGCGCAGAUUGCUAUUGACUACUGGCUGGAGAACCGGAACAUUGAGGGUAACCUGCUGUGGAUGGCUAGCUUGGGAGGUUAUGUCCACUCCCUGCAGACUCCUCUUUACUUUGCUAGCAAGGCUGCUAUUGUCAGCUUUGUCAAGUCCCUUGCCACUCUCAAGAAGCGAGUGGGUAUCAGGAACGCAGCCAUUUGCCCUGGUGCUGUUUAUACUCCCAUUUUCCAUCCCGAGUACUGCCGUGACCGAGUCCGCCCCGAUGACCUUACAAUGACCCCUGAGCAAUGUGCUGAUGUCUUGAUGACUGUCCUCACCCAACCUGAGUACGGUGAUGGUAACAUUGUCGAGACCAUGCUGAUCGGAACUCGGGAUAACCCAUCUGUCAAUGUCCGUGAGGUGCCCCUCGAGCUUCUUUAUCCCACUGUGGGACCUGUGGGACAGGACAACCAUUUGUUGGAGGAGGAGGAGAAGCUAGCCGAUCAGCUUGUCAAGCAUGGCAUGCGUAAUUAA